AUGUCUCGUCGACUAAGUAAACUAAAAAGGAAGAGAAUUACAAGCCGCAAAACGUGGUCACAUUAUGCAAGUUAUGCAUUGCUAAUAGGACCUUCUGCUUUCAUCGUUAGUUUCAUGGGCAUUUUAUCCUUCAAACUCAAGUCAUCGAAAUUCGUAUUUUGGAAAUUACAUUUCGUUUACGCCACGAUCUUAAUAAUUGUUUUCACCGCCGUCACGAUUUAUUCAGCAUACGUACUUAAUCUUACCUAUAAAUUUAGAGACGAAGCAAACAAGUGGCACUCUAAUAUUUUGAUAUUUGUGGGCCUUAUAAAUUUAUUUAUUAGUUACGCGAAUAAUCGAUCAAUGAUCAAAGCGAUUCAACGAGUGUCAGACAUUUCUCGGGUAGUGCCUCCAAAAAUUUUUUGCAAACUGACAAAAAUAGUCCUCAUGAAGGAUUUAAUACUCGUAACACCACUCUUCUCUUUUAUUGCCAUACUCAUCAGUUAUUUUAACAUACUUGCCUUUUAUUUGAUCUGGUGCAUGUUUACUGGGAUCUUUGCACUGAUUAAUUUGUACACGAACAACGUGUACAUAUUGAGCGCCUGUUUCCAGCAGAUAAACGAAUCUCUGGAAAAAGUGAAGGAAAUUCUGAUCAACGACGAGCCCCAUCUCCUCAGGAGAGUUUUCCACUCGCGAAAGAAUCCCAUGUUGCUUUCGAUGUUGAGACACCAAAAGAAGCAAUACUUGGAGACGAGUAAAAUCGUGCAUGAAUUGAAUGACGCGUUCAGUAUGCAAAUGGAAACAUCCCUAUUCUUGUUGCUCAUUGACACGACUUUCAACAUUUAUUCUUAUCUAGCUGUGUACAGCGAUGAAGGCAUGGUUAAGCAGUUCGGCUAUGAUAUCAUGUUUGGAGUGUUGAAUGUAAUCCUUGUGAUUUUUAUCACUUUGGUCGUCGAUAUUGCUAGAAACGAAAUGGCGAAAAUUGGCUGGAACAUUCAUAGAAUUCUGAUACACACUUCGGAUGAUAAGGUGACGACGGAGUUGGAGAUGUUCUCGUUGCAAGUACUCCAAAGAGGCAAUACGUUCAUGAUAAACGGGCUCGUAUUAGAUCUUACCUAUCUGACACAGAUUGCGUCCGGUAUCAGUACCUUGUUGUUAAUAGUGAUACAAUUUUCAAUCAGUAAGUCUUGUUAA